GAGCAGCUGUGGCCGAUGUCCCUGCACUUGCUCCAGGAGAUGAGCGACAGAGGUGUGCAGAUCAAUACCAUCGCUAUCAACACCGCCAUUGACUGCUGUGCCAAGGCUGCGCAGUGGCAGGCGGCUCUGUCUCUGUUUGCUUCGCUGCCAUCGCGGCAUCUAAAAGCCAGCAAGGUCACCUUUGGCGCCACGGCAUCGGCCUUGGAAAAGGCGAGCCUUUGGCUGGAGGCUAUUGACUUGCUGGUCCUGCUGGACGACAGCCUGCUCGGUGUUGACAGGGUGGCGAGCUCCGCUGCCAUUUCGGCUUGCGCAAAAGGAGGAGCUUGGUGGGAAGCGCUUCUCAUGCUCCAGGACAUGGAGGAGAACGACUUGGCGACCUGGUACGUCUGGCUGAUCAGGCCAGAUUUCAGCACGAACACUUGA